AUGUCCCAUCCUUCCAUCUCUGCAAUGAUGUUGGCGGACUCAAUAUCUGACGAGAUGAAUUUGGACAUGUCCGACAUCGCUAGCAUUUUUGAAUACGCUUCCUCCCGUCUAUCGGCUAUCCGGACCGAGCUGGAGACUUCACAUGUCAGCUUGACGCCAAGAACCUGCCGCAUCAUCGGCAAAUACUUGAACUGGGAAGGAGAGUCCUUUACUCUGCCGUGGAUGUCCUUUUGUGCCGGGUUGUCCAUCAGCCCACCGCUGUCGAGGAAUCUCCGAUUCUUCGUCGGCGUGCUGUCCAUGAAACAGGUCGGACUUAUCACCAAUUACGAGGAGACAUAUUGGACACCAUGGUGGAUGGAGUUAGCUAACCUGAAGUCCGACCAGGACUUCUUCAACACUUAUCCAAAUUGUGUUCAGGUUCAGCAAAUAAUCGGCGAACAUUUCAAGCAAUUGCCGGAGGGAAGGAUUCUGAUCACCCCGGCUAUGUUCGCUCACCCGAUGUCCACGCCGGUUGUGCAGCAACUGUCAACCAUCCACGCCGAGGUGCUGCAUGAAGGCCAACUCAUUGUCAAGAUGCUGGAAGACAAAGUAGUUGAGGCCAAAAUGGUAGCCGCCACCAUGCUUCGCAUGGACACCGCAUUGGGACAGGACGUCGUUAAUGCCAUCGCCACCACCGAAAAGUUGAUGAAGUAUUUAAAGCGGGAGGGGGCCCAAUGA